AUGAAAAUAGUCUCAUCAAUUCUACUUUUUCUAAUUAAUUCUUCAUUUCAAACUUGUGAUCAAAGAGGAAAAUUGAAAAAUCAAGAAUUUGUUGAAACUUUGUUUGUUUUUAUUGCUCCAUCGGAAUCGAAAAAUAAUCGAUAUCAAGAUGAUGAUGUUAGUUUGCUUGAAAAUAUAUAUUUUCAAAAAAAGUAAUUUUGCAGAUGAAAAAAAUCAAGAUUUUGUAUGAAGAAGUGAUGUGUGCAAUUCCAGAAUAUGAGAAAUUCAAAUAUAUGACAGUCAUAAAUGAAAACAAUAUUCAGCGAAACGAAAUAAGACCAAAAUUUGAGCUAGCAAAAGAUUGGAACUCUGCGCGGAACACAAUAAGUUCAAGUUAUUGUGAGUUUGUUGAAAUUUUCUCUUUCUCAUCAUGUUUUUUUCAGCACCCGAAGAAGAUGCUUGCACAAGUUUCACAAUUAUUCUUAACGAUGUUAUGAAGAUGAAGCCCAAUUAUACCCACAUCGAAGUUAUUUAUAAUGUUCCCAAAUUUGGUUCGGUUACAAAGUGUCCAUAUUCUUUCUUUUUAAAAUAUUCGCGAAUAAAUGGACAUGUCAAUUUUAUUCGAUAUGAUUCCAUCGAAUAUUUUGGAUACAAUUCCUUGAAUUUGCCAGAUAUUUCAUUGAAUAUUCAAGAAGUCAAAGAAUUAGCAAGAAAUUUGUGAGUAAUCCUAGAUUCUGUGCAAUUUCAAUUAUUUUUUUGAUUUUCAGUGUUGAUUCAAUUCUUGACAUCAAAUCUGAAUCUGUUAAUCAAAAAAAUUGCUGUGAUUAUUCAUGGAAAAUAUUUGGAUUUAUUGUAAUUGGAACUAUAAUUGGCUUGAUUUCUGGAAUUGGUUUGGCUAUUGCAAUUGCUUGUAUUAUCAAGAAAGUUACUAAAAGAAAAUCGGAAGGAAAAUUGAGAUUAGUGGAAAAUGUUGAAAACCCAGGGAUUCUGAAACCUGUUGAGAAUCCGAAGAUUCUGACGAAACAAACUGAAGUUAAUACGGGAACAGAAAGUGGAUCGAGAUCAGUGGAAACUGCUGGAAAAACAGGAAAUCUGAAAAAACUUAUAGAAAUUUCCAAACCUGCUAAGAAAGAUGAGAAUUCAAAGAUUUCGACGAAACAAACGCUCAAUACGGAAACUGAAGGUAAAACUACAAAUGCAUCAGUUUCGAAUCAAGGAUCAACAAUCAGAAGCACAAGUAGAUCUAACUUGCAUUCUCAAAAACAACCAAAUAUCGAAGGAAAACGAAAGAAAUCUGAUUUCGAAGAAGACACCAUAUAA